ACCUGCGAUAUCCGUCAAAGCGUCAUAUGGGAUAUGUAGUUUGUUAACUAACCAGAGACAUACGGCAGACUGCAUUAGAAAACUACAUCGCCCAUGACACAUUCACCAAAACAUUCCGUGACUCACGAAGGCAGGUUGAACGGAAACUGGGGUCGGUAGGUGGAAGUUAUGGACAUAAACAUCCGAAGGCUGGAAAGUGGUAUCUUGCAGGAGCUGUGAGGGUUAUUGCAGAACGUUAACAGUUAAACGAGGACAAGGCACACAGGUGUUUGGAGAUGGAGUUCCCAGAGGGCUUUAACCAGCUGGAGUUACUGCAGACCCACGGCGACCUGAUCCCCAUGGCAACGAACAGCACGUGGAGCGAGGGUGAGGAGGAAGAGUGUGAGGAGGAGGAGUGUGAGCGGACGGAGGAGUGGUACGAGCAGGAGGAGAGGCGUCUGCAGGACACACACACACACACACCUGCGGAACUCAUGCUGUGGGCAGCCGAGAACAACAGGUUGGCUACAGUGCAACGGAUGCUGACAGUUGACUCUUCUCUGAUUGGUUGCCGUGACACCGAUGGUUACACCCCCCUUCAUCGAGCUGCCUAUGCUGGGCAUGUGGGCGUGGCCUGUGCCCUGAUUGAUGCGGGGGCGGAGCUUGAGGCGAGAACAGCAGACGAUUGGACGCCGCUGCACUGCGCCUGUCGCUGGGACAAUGUGGGAGUGGCCUCCUGUCUCCUGCGCUGUGGGGCCUCGGUGAACAGCCAAUCACGGGGCGGCCUGACACCUCUGCAUCUGGCGGCAGGAAGCCCGGGCAGUGGGCGGAGCCUGGAGCUGCUCCUUAUGCAACGCCCCCUGCUGACAGAAACACGCAACUGCAGCGGCGACACAGCAGAAGCCAUCUCCCACCGGACCAGCAAACACCACACACUCUUUCAGAUCGCACACACACACAAUAACACACACACACACACUCUUUCAGAUCACACAAACCCAUAAUAAC